AUGUGACAUGAAGGCGGAAGUUGUCGCAUCAACAGAAAAAACUGGCAGAAAACACAACACAGACGGUUGUUCUUACAUUUCUAAUUCUGCUGUCUGUUCACGCUGCAUGUUACUGCUCCGUUAGUGAUGUCUUCCAGCCACGCAAAGGACCCUUCCUUCCUGGGAGGAAGAAUACCGCUAGAAAUAGAGUCGAUGUCGAAAAACCUGAAGGAUGUGGACCAGGAGCUUUUCAGAAAAAUACUCAAAGCUGUGGUCAGUGCUCUGGAGGGGAAGGACUGCAGAGAGGUGAUGAAGUCGAUCGCAGAGAGCAGCGUCAUCCCGCAGGAUAGGCUCAGUCACAUCAUAGCCGGGAUGCACAGAGUUCUGUCUGAGGCCAUCCGCAUCCCAACGCCGCUACUUAAACAGGAGGCAUUUAAGGAAGAUCUAAGAGAACUAAGGAUACCCGAAGACUUCAUCGCCGAUUUCUGCAGCGUAGUUUUUGGAAAUCGCCGUGCAGUUCUAGAAGCAGCUGCCUCCCAGAAAGACCCUCAGCUCCCCACAGUGACAGACUUUAAAUGGAGAGUGGAUGUGGCCAUUUCUACGAGCUCUUUAGCCAGAGCCCUGCAGCCGUCUGUUCUCAUGCAGAUGAAACUAUCAGACGGGAGUUUUCACCGCUUUGAGGUGCCCGUGUCGAAAUUCCAGGAACUUCGUUACAACGUGGCUUUGAUUCUCAAAGAAAUGAACGAUCUGGAGAAGAGGAGCAUUCUCAAGAUCCAAGACUGAUGCACCGGCUUUGUUUUUGAGACCCAGUUUUGUACAUUUUUCUCAUCUAAACAGAUAAUAAUAACCCGCCUGUUAUGCUCUGAUGGUGUUGGCAUCCAACGUACUUGACUGUUGACAAAAAGAUAAGAUAACUUCCUGUAUCUCAACUUGUAGUUAAAAACAAAAUCAGACUGUAUCAUUCUUUUAAACUGUAAACUGUACAUAUCAGUGUUUUUCAAUACAGUGUUUGUUGGAUUUGAGA